AUGUGCCUUUUAAAUGUUUACUCAGGGACAGGAUGAGUUAUCAUUAGGUUGCUAGACAACUUGUGAAGCCAGUAGUUCCUUGUCUGUUUAAAUAGCUACUAGGUAAAUAUUUCAUCUGUGAAUGAACACAUGAAUCAUACAUCAAGUCAUAUUUGAAAACGUUACUACUUGUUGGAGGCUGAACCAACCAUUUCUGCUGCUCAACUGUGUGUGUGUGUGUGUGUGGCCCCUCUGAGAAAAGACAAACGGUUUAUUUUGGCCUCAGGGGAGGGGAAGAUACGCGCGACUGCAUGUGUGCGCAAAAGCUCCCGAAAGGUGAGCAGUGGAUCUGAGCUGCUACUCCAAGAGGCUGACAGUCUGUGGGAUUGCCCUGUGUUGCUUUUCUGCGGAAUCUAAAUAUAAGUCGGUGACAAAUAUUCCAAAUACAGUAAGCAACCCAACUGUGAUGUGGGGGUGGUGCUGAGAGAGCGGCUCCGUCUCCAAAGUCCCCCCUCUGUUGGAUCCGGAGUCCGUCAGGAGAAGGUCGCAGAGAGUCUCAGCUCCCCACCUGCACUCGAAUUCUUUUUUCCUCCCUCCUUCUUUGUUAUCAUGAAGAGACAAAACGCCAGGACUCUCGCCCUCAUCAUCAGCAUCCUCACCUACCUGGUGGUCGGAGCGGCCGUCUUCGAGACCUUGGAGUCGAAACAGGAGAAAAGUCACAAGAGGAAGCUCGACGCCAGAAAGUACGAACUCAUGCGCAAAUAUAACUUGACCAAAGAGAACUUCGAGGAACUGGAACACGUCGUUUUACAGCUCAAACCUCAUAAAGCAGGAGUCCAGUGGAAAUUCGCCGGCUCCUUUUACUUCGCCAUCACUGUGAUUACGACAAUCGGCUAUGGCCAUGCGGCGCCCAGCACCGACUCAGGGAAAGUGUUCUGCAUGUUCUAUGCCCUCCUGGGGAUCCCUCUCACCCUGGUCAUGUUCCAGAGCCUGGGCGAGCGGAUCAACACGUUCGUCAGGUAUCUGCUGCACCAAGCCAAGAAGUGCCUGGGAAUGCGUCAGACCGAGGUCUCCAUGGCAAACAUGGUGACGGUGGGCUUCUUCUCUUGCAUGAGCACUCUGUGUGUGGGGGCUGUGGCGUUCUCCCACUGUGAGGGAUGGAGCUUCCUCCACGCGUUCUACUACUGCUUCAUCACGCUUACUACUAUCGGGUUUGGAGACUACGUGGCUCUGCAGAAGGACGACGCACUGCAGAACGACCCGCGGUACGUGGCCUUCUGCUUUGUUUACAUCCUGAUGGGCCUGACGGUGAUUGGAGCGUUCCUGAACCUGGUGGUGCUUCGUUUCCUGACCAUGAACACUGAGGACGAGCGCAGGGACGCCAAACAGAAGGCCUUGAUGUCCGUCACUAAGUCCAGAGGAGAGGUGGCUCGUCUAAUACCCGUCUCCGCCUCGACUUCCUCCACACCUGUAGCAGAUGACACUACAAAGGCUAAAGAUUUAAAAGGUGUCUACACUGAGGUGCUUCACUUCCAGACUAUAUGCUCCUGCUUGUGGUACAGGAGCAAGGAGAAGCUGCAGGGCUCCAUACCCACCAUGGUCCCUCAGGAGCUGACGUUCUCCGAUGCCUACUUGCAGCAGAACAGUAACUGCCCUCACUACAUGGAGCCUGGAUCAACAGGCUGCGUUUGCAGUCCACGUCAGUGCACGAGCAUAAGCUCCAUAACAACGGGCCUACACAUUCUCUCUCCGUUCAGGGUGUUUAAGAGACGCAGCUCCGUCUAGCCUUUCAACACAGCAGAUUUCAGUACAGCACAAUACGUCCAUACUGCCAAGUGGACAACAGAUACUUGGCAGUCCUCACAGCAAAGACAUGACUGCAAGUAGAUGUUUUGUGGUGCUAUAAUCCCAGUAAACCAACAGUAGGACACGCAAAAAGGGAAAAGCACAUACAGUACUGUAAACAGCAAAACCUUACUCAAAUAUGUAUUUGAGAAAGCACAGCACCUAAUGUUUUGACUUGUCUUAUUCAGGGGCGUCCUGUGUGCUUUGCAGAGUCAUGUAGGCAUGUAGGACGUCGUCUGAGUCACUACACAUGAACACAUGAACACAUGAACACGCUGCAGUACAUGUGACGUGACAUGUACGCAGAACAGGUGCUGUAGGAGGCGCGUUAGGUUGAGUAGAUUGAGCAACAGCACAAUACAAAAUAACUGAAACAUCUUGCACAGCUCCGCAGUAAGUUCCAAUAUUUCUGUUAAUAAUCUCAGAGAUUAGGGUUGGUUUCCUAAAGUUGUAAAUUUUAGUGUUGUAUGUCAGUCAUUUUCCUUAUGUCUUGACAGCUUUCUGUCCUCAUAUAAACUGCCUUAUGUCGCCCGAAAGAUUUAUGUAAACACAUCGUGAUUGUCAGAACUUUACUGAAGCUGACGCAUACUCAUAACUUCAUAUGACUCACACGUGUAGUUGCCUCUGUUAUUGUGAUUUUCAGAGCUCUCUGCCCAAACUGCUGGUGCAUCAGUCACAAACACUGCUGAAUUAUGUAACGUCUCAAGUGGAUAAGUUCAAAAAACCACGAUGACAUACCCCAAACGUGGUAAUACUGCAUUAGCAAGGGAGGACAGAAACCACAAGUAGACACUCACCAGCACAGCACUGACUGAAACACACUUAUCUGGAUUUGUGUAACGACACUACAGAGCACUGCUUUAAAAAUGACCAUCCGGUUAAAUCAACAACUCUGACGGUCUCAACAAAAACUGAACAUGAACAUGAUGAGCUACGCCAGCCUAAAAUUUACUGCACGGUUACUGUACUGUAAGGUGUUUCUGUUACUUUGUCCACCCCUGUAGCUGCUGGUUGGUUAUGUUAUUAGUCUCUGUUUGGCACUACUGGGUCCAGAUGUCAGUCCAGAGCAGGUACUGGUCUGCAUCAUGGAGUUUACAGUGAGAUGUUUUUCAUAUCAGUCCUUCAGCAAACAGAGCAGAUAUACACACUAACCAUUCAGGUACUUGUGUAAUGUGAUUUUGUGGGAUUGAGUAUAAAUAGCACGCCGCUUUCCAGUCAUGUUUCAUGUAUUUCAUGUGUCAUGUCUACACAUUUUAAGCUUUUUGCACAUCAUUUUAGUCAGCAGUUAGGGGGGAAGGUUAGUUAGGUAGGUAUCUGGCAUGAAAUGACACAUGAAAAGCAAAAAGACAUAGUGAUAACACAUGAAAUGACAGGAAAUUGGCAUGUUUUCUCAUAUGCCAUUUGGUGAUAUCAGACUGACUUGCAAGAUAAAGUUAUCACACUAGUAAAGACACAGUGAAAGAUUUUAGAAAAUACACUUUUUUGUUUUUUUGCAGUGAGUUAGAUAAGAAAAUCAAUUCUAGGAGGAGGUGGUUAGCCUAGUUUAACAUUAAGACUGUAAACAAACAACCCUGGCUCUGUCUGGAGUUCAUAAACCCACCUACUAACACCCCUAAAAUUCACUCAUUAAUAGACAGUUUGUCUAAAGGAAUAGUUUGACAUUUAGUGAUGCUUAUUUGCUUUUCUGCCAAGUGAGAAGAUCAAUGCUUCUGUCAUGUGUAUAUGUUAAAUAUGAAGCUACAACCAGCAGCUGGUUAGCUUAGCUUCACAUAAACAUUUAAAUAAAUGAGUGAACUAAACUUAUUUUAGAAAUAUUCUUCUAAAUCCCUCUGACUGGCCUCCUGCUCUUUGUAGACAGAUGAAAAUGAAUUCUGAAAAUGUCUAUCAAAGUACAUGGUUGGGGUGUGACUCUGCUAUAUUUCUCUCCAGUCUGCUCUUUUUGACCUGAAGGACUGUGCGGCUUCACAACUCUCAUUGACUACUAAACAAAAGGCAUCACAUAUGAAGCGUGCAGAGCUGUCCAAAUCACAUCUGGAUCAAACAGUAGAUGCUAACUAUUUUUAGUAGCAGUCUGCAGUGGCAGAUGGGAGGGGGUUUUCUGUGUUUGGACAAAGGAUAAUGAGUUGGUUGUCAGUCGCAGUCAAUUAUGCCACAAUAGACUGAGUCUGUGUGAUUGAUGGAAAAGUAGAAAUCCACCCUCAGAUACUAUCUCUUGUAUUUCUGGACCUGUUGUUUGGUUGUGUGUUUUUUCUGUGGGCGACGUGAUGUCACGUUAAGUUUAUUUCAGGCAGCUACAACAGAGUUUUAAUCCCCAAAGAUGUUUGAUUUAUUUCAAACUCUCACAGAAAGUGACAGGUUUUUGCGUCAAAUCAGAAAGGAAGACAGGAAGGGCUUCUGCUCUUUGAUUUGCAGGGAUUUGAUUCAUUUUGAAACACAACGGUUCAACAAUCUUACAGAAAGAAAUCCAGCAUAAAGCGGGCAGAAUUACACCAGCAGCUGCCUCAAUUGACCAGAAAGCAAUACAGCCACAAAAUGUCUGUGUUAUAAAGCACACAACUAAUGAUUUUUUUCAUUAUUGAUUAAUCUGCCAAAUAUUUACAAUACUUGAGUAAAUGUAUUUAGUUAUACUCCACCUCUGUCACCACCUGAGGAAACCGUACAUGAGCCAGGGUGACAGGAAAAUGAAUUUUAUUUUAAGAUUUUAUCUCAAGAUCACUCUUGAAAUAAAUCCAAUAUCACAGAUCAGUGAUAUUCUGAUUAUUUGAAGGUGGUUUUUUUUUCUUCUGACUUUCUGCCAUUUAUUGUUUUGCCUUGUGGGGAGAAAUCCCACCUAUGUAAGUGUCAAAAAAAAAAAAAUUGCAAAUACUAUUUGAUCUACGUAGGGUCUGGUGUCUGUUAAGAAACUUAUCUCAUCUGUUCUAACAAAAUGGACUUGUACCUUACCAAAAGACAUAAGUUGCACAUGAUAAUGGAAGAAAAAUGAUGAUUAUGAUUCUUUCUGAUGAUGACUUGCUUUUAAUAAUAAGUGACAAUAACUGUAUAUUUUCUGCAAGUACUGUAUUAGUUUUAAAGUAGGACUACAUCAUGUUGCACUAGCAUAAACAGGUAGUACUUGAACACUCACAGAGUACUUGAAAAUAAUAAGAACAUUUUUUAUCACAACUUGCCAAGGGAUAUAUGUACAGUUGAGACUAUGGCAAGAUAAAGUCAUGCACAUCGUAUGUACUUCAAAACAAUAUUGUCCGAUUUUGGCCGAGUUUAGAAAAGAACAUGCACAGAAAACAUUAAAAACACGGAUAAAUAA